UUUUAAAGUAGCAUGCCUUCACGCCUUUCUUGGAAAACUGAUGCUUGGUCUGGCAUGUGCAGUGCGGCCUACCUUUCCUCGAGGCAUUCGAAGAUUUGGUGUUGCACCGCAGUCCGUCUUCCGGAAGCUGAGCAGAAGAGCAAAGCUUCUGGGGGCUGAGCUCAAAGAUUGGAGCCAUGAGCGGGAACAACUGUUGCGCAUUUGGACCAAGAAACAUCUCAAGACCUUGCAGUACUUGAAGACUUUGCCGCCUGAUCGUUUGCUGGAGCUAUCUCGACUAAAGCUCGUGGCUGCCAAUCAGCAGUUUGACGACCGCUUCAAUGCAGCAUUCUUCAGGACUCUCGAUUUCGUACAGGAGAAAGUUGCAGAGAUACAACGCAAAGGCGUUGCGGAGAUGUGGCACCACAGCUCUUUCCGUUUGAAGCUUCUCAAGUUGAUGGAUUUUUUGGGCCUCAAAGCACUGCAGCGUUGGACGAGCACGGAAGGAGAGACUGCCACUGGAGCCCCACGGAAAAAUCGACCUGCUGGAACACCGGUCGAUGCUGGGGCUCUCGCGCUGGUAGGUGCCGGAAUUGGAAGUGCAGUCCAUGGCUUCUAUGGCUACAGCUUUGGCUUUUGCAUCUGGGCAGUUCUUCGCAGUCUGCGUCGCUUUGUAGUGGUGUGCCUGGAUACGGAAGAUGCGAGCCGGCUUUUCAAAUAUGCACCUCCUCAACUCAAGAAGAGGAAGAGUGAACUCUUCCCCUGGCUGCAUCACGAACUUCAUGUGAUGAGACAGAUUCGUGCAGGCAAUCUUCAGUACAUUGGCCGUGUUGGAGACAAAGACUGGGAACAAGCCCAUGAUGCAGAUCUAGAUCAUUCUCCUGAGACUUUGUUUGACUUGGCAAUGAGUGCCUUGGCAGCCCACCCCAGAGUUCAUGAGUGGCUUGGCACACGUGUCCGACCAAUGGCAGAGCCAGAGCAUGUGCUCUACCGUUUGCACGAAGGUGUGACUGAGACCUUUCUGGCUUGGCAAGUGAAGGGAGAGCUGGGCGAAGCUGAAGUGCAAGUCAAGUCCACAGGCUCCAUCGUGGACUUCAUUUAUGUUUUUCCUGAAGGCCGGGAUCAUUAUGGUCUACAACCACCAGGAUUUGUAAUUCGCCCAAACGGUGACACCUGGUCUCAGGACACUGACGAACUCCCAUCAGACAUGAAGGAUCGCAUAUUUCGGAAACGAGAAGGUCGCAAUUGGGACUACAAGGUGGCCGAGUUCGCACGUGGGUUCAAGCAAGAAUACAAGAGAUGGUUUAGAUGAGACGGCUUGACCAUGGUCCAGAUAUGGCCAUGAAGACGAGCUCCUCUGCAGCUUCUGACAAGCUCCUCUUCAUGCGACCUGUGCCCGCUUGACCUUCUGAAGUGACGUGAUGCCCUGGGACGCAUGGGAAACUCAUCGACUUGUUCGUCGGCCAGAGCAACAAACAGGGCUGAGGUCUGACUGAGCCUACGGCGGUUUGACUGGGACGCAUGCUUGCAGAAGCUGCGGAAACAACCUCAGCAUGACUGA